CCGCUUUCUCACUUCCACUCCAGUACGCACCGUUUGCGUCUUUGAACAACAGCCACUAUAGAAUGGAGCACCAGUCUAGCGCCGAACAGACGCGGGAUGACGGCCCCACUCUCGUCCAGCCCCGUGCACCCUCCUUUUACCAACCCUUGAACGACUCCGAAAACCAGAUCCGCCUGCUGGAGCUCCUCCCUGCGGACGAUACCGAGGACCCGGAUACUCUACGAUGUACGAUUCGGCACUGCUCGAUCGACGAGAGCCUGGUCUAUAGGGCGCUAUCCUACGUCUGGGGCGAUCCAAAGAUAACGCGACGAAUCCUGGUCGAUGAUCGCGAAGCCCAAGUCACGACUAAUCUCGCCGAUGCAUUGUUUCAGCUUCGCAAGGAUGGAGUCAAGAGCCUAUGGAUAGACGCGUUGUGUAUCAAUCAGAAGGACGAUGUCGAAAGAAGCCACCAAGUCCAGAAGAUGAAGAAGAUAUACGAGAGCGCGGUUGAAGUCAUUGUUUGGCUCGGCGCUGGAGACGACUUAAGUGACCAUGGGAUGAAGAAGAUCAGAAAAUUAGCCAUACUAGCCUCGUGCUUCAACAUUCCAGACAUCUGCGGUCUGCAUUUAUUUCAGAUGACAGCCAAACAGCGGCUUGGGCUAGGGCAACAUGCCGUGCGAUGUGUUCAACUAUCCAGAAUACUGGACAAGGAGGCCGAACAGUCGAUAAUCCAAUUAAUGCACAGACCAUAUUGGCGACGUGCAUGGGUUAUUCAAGAAGUCCUGGUAGCAAGAACAGCGGUAUUGAAAUGCGGUAACGCAGUAGUACCUUGGACUGAACUAUGCGCUGCAAUAGCACUUCUUUCGUGGCGGGAAGACGUUCUACAUGACGGCAGCGAGGCAGGGGACGGGAUGUCUAGAGCUGCGAACCUGUAUUUUUCGAGACGACCGAUUGUGGCUCUACAAGAGAUUUAUCGACGCUGCAGUGUGGGUUUAAAUCUGGCAAGUGUAAUGAGAUUUACUUGCAAUGAGUCGCACCUGGAGGCGAGCGAGGCGAAAGAUCGGAUCUACGCAUUUCUCGGCCUGCUCGACGAAGAAGCCAGCGAUGCCAUCACCAUAGACUACACAACACCGGACGCUGCCGUCUUCGCACAGGCUACGAGGCAUUUACUUGUUCGAAGCGGGUUAGAAGUACUGCUGUUUUCCGGUCUCGCUCAUCGAAAAUCCGAUAUAGAUUGUCCCAGUUGGGUGAUAGACUGGAGACACACAGGGAUCAAACCCGAACAUUGGAUUUCUAUAGUGAUUGGCUCCUACGAGUGGCCGGGGUUGACGAGUCAACGGAUAGGGGAGACUGAGUUGCUGUUAAAUGGAGCCAGGAUCGAUGCAGUGGAUCGGGUAUUGCAUUUCUCGGGUGCGUUACCAGACGUACCAGUUAUGGUGAAUGCGGUCAAGGUUCUGUUCAAAGGGAGACCAUCCUCGCUGCCUGUUCGAGAAGCGAUUGCGCAGGUUGUCUAUCCCUAUUUAUGGGCGUGGAGACAGUGGCACAGGGAACUAUACACGGUGACAAUGAAGGCCCUCUUUCAGCGAGGAGAGUCGCACUGCACAAAGACCCGAGAGCACGCUCAGGCUGAGGCUAGAAAUUCGCGACGGCCAGUGCAGGGCGACGAAAAUCUUACUGGGCAAGAAGGUAUGGAGAGAGAAAGACAAGACGGCCUACGUUCAGUCCUUCAGAACCAGCCUAUCGGCAAUCGCCACAUCUUCAUCACCACGAAUGGAUAUCUGGGUAGUGCACCAGAUGCUACUCAGGUCGGUGAUGUGGUCUACAUGCUCGAAGGCUCGACAAUACCCUUUUUGCUUCGACGAGGAGAUGAAAAUAGGUUUCAACUCGUGAGCAGCGCGUACGUAUAUGGGAUGAUGGGAGGGGAUUUUUGGGAGAGUAAUCCUCUAGUUGAGGAGAUUGUGUUAUUCUGAUGGUUUUGAAGGGCUGGUAGGGUUUAGCAUGAGGAGUAUCUCUAUCCCGAGGUCGUAAAGGAAGGACGUGAUGGAGAGGACAGUGGGGAGCUUGUGAGGAUUCAGCGCUCCGUAGGGACAUUAGCGGAUACGAUUUUUGAAUGAUGCCAAUACGUCUCAUUGUUCAGUAUCAGCUUCUAUGGUAAUUGCUAGCCCUGGAGAGCAGAUGUGUAGCUCACCGCGCUUC